UAUACUGGAGAAAUUGUUGAACUAAACUUCUUUACAGAUCAAGGCUAACCGCCAUAUGCUUCUAAAUCAUGUGUUUUUGACAAUGCCGAAGUCCUCUCAUUUCAGUUCCAGUAAACUGGCAAAAUACGGACAUCUUUAAAUGAGUACAGAAGAAACAUCCAAUAACGUCAAAAAUACGUGGAACGGUUAUAUAAAAGAACUACUUCAUUGGUCGUAUUAUUAUGUAAAUGUGCAAAGUUAUAAAAACUGUUUUUUUUUUAAAGUAUCAGGUUAUUUCAUGGAUGAACGAUGACAACAAAGUUAAACAUAAAGUUUCGUUUCGUGGAACAGAAUAAAUUAAUAAUGAGAAGAGUGAGUUUGAAUAUUGAUCAAUAUUAGUACAAAUGAACAUAUAAUGUUAUCUUAGUGAUGUGGGUUCUUAUGACAACAUAUUGGUAUCGUGCAUAGCUUUUUCUCUUUUCACCUUAAGAAUAUUAAUGAACAUUUUCAACCUCAACAGUACAUAGAGCAUAAAGAACAGACAUGACUUUUAAGGUGGCACUUGUUCAGAUGGCUGUAACGGCAGUCAAAUUAGAAAACAUUGAGCAUGCAGUCACACUUAUUAAUAAGGCCGCUAAAAAUGGAGCACAACUAGUCAUAUUGCCAGAAUGUUUUAACUCUCCCUACGAUACGACAUGUUUCCCAAAAUAUGCUGAGUCUAUUCCUGGACCGACUUCAGAUGUCUUAGCACAGACAGCCAAGGAUAACAAUGUCUACAUCAUUGGAGGUUCUAUACCAGAAAUUGAUAAUGGAAAGGUAUAUAAUACAUGUCCAGUCUUUAGUCCGUCAGGAGAACUUCUUACUAAACACAGGAAAAUGCAUCUGGUUGACAUUGAUGUUCCUGGUAAAAUUCGCUUUAGAGAAGCUGAUUCGCUAAGUCCCGGAUGUGACUUUACCACAUUUGAUACUCCAUAUUGUAAAAUCGGCAUCGGAGUCUGUUAUGAUCUACGAUUCCCAGAACUAGCACACAUUUACGGUGAAAUGGGGUGUAAAUUUCUGGUAUACCCAGGGGCAUUUAAUAUGACCACUGGCCCUUCACAUAUGGAGCCUUUGCUGAGAGCCAGGGCUGUUGACAACGAAGUCUAUGUAGCUUUGGUGUCGGGAGCACGCGAUGAAACAGCUUCAUACGUUGCAUGGGGACACAGUACAGUGGUUAGUCCUUGGGGAGAUGUUCUUAUUACUACAGAACAUUUGGAAACCAUUGUAUAUUGUGACAUUGACCCGGAUUUUGUCGACAAGGUUAGAACUCGUUUGCCAAUAUUAUCACAGAAGAGAACAGAUAUGUACUCAACUGUUGUAAAAAGGAAAUAAAAAUGUAACUCCAGAAGAGACUGGAGAUGUACACAAAUGUUGUAAAAAGGAAAUAAAUAUAUACAUAUAACCAUUGAAGAAACAGGAUAUGUAUACUCAAAUGUUAACAAAAGGAAAUAAAUAACAGUUGAACGCAA